GACGAGUCGCGAAAAAAGAAAGGAAAAGAAAGCGUACCUGAGGUAGAGUUCUACACCCUUGAUGUAGGCUUGGACCUUGGGGUCAAUUUCGGGGCCGAAGGAGGGGACCUUGGCGCACUCUUCGAAGAAGCGAGCGAUAGCAGAUUCGAUCAUGCCCAUAGCGUAUUCCAUAGCAGCUUGGACAGUGAUGUUCUUGUUGAUAGCAACGACGGCGAUGAGGUUGUGGCAGUCACCAGAGCAUUGUUCGUUGUCGAAGGAGUAGACAUCGUUGGCCCAGGAGAGGAUGUCGUUACCAGCCUCUUGGAGGGCGGCGACGGUGGGAUGGAAGAAAGCCUCAUCGGGAACGUCGAUGUUGAGGCAGUACUCGAUGCAGGCGUAGGUCACCUUGAUAGCGGAGGUGUCGCGGCGCAAAGAGACGUACUCCUCGAUGGUGGGGCAGACGUUGCUCUGGCGGUUGCCGACCUGGUUCUUGACGGCCAUGAC